GCACAGCAGUGCGCAGGAGGGGAAUGGGUCCUGCAGCUGCAGCCUGCAGUCACUGCUGCUCUGCUGCUGUGCGGAUCCAGAGGAAAACGCGCUCGAACAGAUCCCGCUAGUCUCCCUCUGGACCGCGGACUGCUCGCAUGUCUUUGCAAAAACUGCCGGGCUCCUUCGGAGUCAUGUUUCCGUCCUUUUCUCUGCCCAUCAAAGCGGAGCGCAGCCGGAAUAAGAAGCGGCUGGAGGCCAGCCUGGCCGGCUUGUGUGAGCUGGAUCUGCUCAAACAGAGGCAGGAGAACCGGGUGAUGAGCGCUCUCUGCCUCGGAGACUGUCCGGCUCCCGGACGGCCGCCAUGGGCAGCCGUGCGCUCAGGGCGCUGCGCCUCGGACGCACCAAACGGAGACGUGCUGGACGCCUUUGGAGACUGCGGCGUCAGCCUCCAAACUAGCAGUCUCCGCUGCACUCCUUGGGGUAUAAUGGCGUCUUUAGAACAGCGGGUGGCAGAGCUGAAGGUGAACUCUGAGGUCAAAUUAGUCGAUUCUUCUGCUGAGCUGGAGAAGAGCCAGACGGGUUCAGAAGAUGUCCUUGCAGCCAAGCAAGAUGGAUCUCACGAAUCACAUUACCACCCCAUCAUCCCUCAUUCCUUUUCAGGUCCUGAGGGAAUCCUUGAGACAGAAACAGUGGACACAUGGCACUCAGACAUAGUAAGAGGAGCACCAGAGAUAAAAGAUGACCUUACUCAAGACGUUUAUCAAGAAGUCCAAAAGGUAGAAACCUAUAUUUUUGGAUUAGUACAACGUCGAGUCUUACUCCCCCGCUCUUCCAAGCCUCGCACCAGCUUGGCACAUGACACCCGUGGAGUCAGUGUGGCAAGGCAAAGUAGUUUGUGCUAUAAGGAGGACCAACACUCGCCAAAGCAAGUAGCUGUUCAAGGUUUGCCAGAGAGCCUCACAUUGUUGCAGCCUUCAGAAGAAACUGUUCCACAGGCUUGCCAUAACAUGGAUCAGGACCAUUACAUAGGAUUUGGGUUCACUGAUGGGUCUCCACCCUCGUAUCACCUCCAGCAAAGUGUUCAGCAUCAACCAGGGCUUUAUCACAAACCCAGGCAUAGCCCCCUGGUGAAUGACCCCCAUUCAAACCCAAUGGAAUAUCCAUCUUGCAGGAUGAUACAAACCCAACCUGACUCCAGCAAUAGUGAUCCUGAGUCACCACAACAUUUCCACAACUACCCUUCUUCUCCACCACUGUCAAAGUCUCACCCACUGCCUUCAACUGACGAGCAACUGGUCAAUGCUGAGUACAUCCCAGCCCAACCCUGUCGCGCCUCUACCAGAAGUUAUGCCAAUCACCACUCCAACCCACAUAAGUCCUCUGGGCCACCCAAACACAACCGAAGCACAUAUUCUCCCGAAAGGAGUAAUCAUCAUCUGGAGCAGCAGGCACCAGCUUCUCAGGUCCAACCUUCCAGAUCCAAAGGAGCCCCUAAAAAGUGUCGCUCUAAUGAAGACAAAGGUGGUGCCUCUAGGAAACCAGGAAAGAAGGCAUGUAGGUCUCAGUCAGAAAACAGCCUGCAAAGAGUUCCAGAACGUAAGUACAAUACAGUGGAGCGGGAUGGUGGUGGAAGUGGAAGUGGUAGCAGGGGAAGCCGCAGUAGUCAGUCCAGGAGCAAGAAACAACAACAAGGAAGCGUAAGUUAUCGACGUUGGCAGUCCACGCUUGAGCUCAGCCAAGAUGAGGCAGAUCAGCCACCUAUGCAGGCACCAAUGCAACCCUCUUCAGCUUCAAACCAAAGAGACCAUUGUGUAAGACGUACACGCAAGCCGCGCUUAACACACACAUCAUAUGCCCUCCACCACCACCAAAACCACCAUCACUCCCACCAUCAUCAACACAUGGAAUUCCAGCUAGAGAGAGACCACAUGCCGGUGUGUCCACCCAGUGAGGACUACGGUCAACCUGGUCAAGGUGAAUCUGACUCUAGCACAAGCGAUGCUGACUCUCCAGACUCCAGCUCCUUGACCAGUGACUCAGAUGAAAGUGGAGGUCUGGUUUGGCCCCAACAGCUAUCCCCACAGCUUUCUCUGCCAUCACCCCCAGCUCCACCUGGUGCACCUCUGCAACACAAGGCUUUUGUCAAAAUUAAGGCCUCCCAUGCUCUGAAAAAGAAGAUCCUGCGCUUUCGCACAGGUUCACUUAAAGUAAUGACCACUGUGUAAUUGUGGAUCACUGGCUAAAUUGGACAUGUACAAGGACAGAAAGAGUUACAUUGUGUGUUUGUGGACUUAGAAAAAGCUUAUGAUAGGGUGCCAAGAGAAGAGUUGUGGUAUUGUAUGAGGAAGUCUG